CUUGGUUUUACUCUUGGCAAUGUGGUUGGGAUGUAUCUUGCUCAGAACUAUGAUAUUCCUAACAUUGCAAAGAAGCUUGAAGAUUUUAAGAAGGAUGUGGAAGCUAAGAAGAAACCUCCCAGCGACAAGUCCUAAGAAAACAAUGUUAUUACCCAGGUCACCUCUGUUCAUGCAUCAAGGGUGCAAUUUACCUUUCAGGCAACAAAGACCAAGUAGAGAGUUGGCAUGGGAGGUUCCUCUACUUUUAGUCUCCUAGAACUGGAAUGUCCUUCUUUUGAAAGAGCAGCCGUGAACCUUUCCUGGGACUGAUUUUCAAGGGUUUCAGAAUUUGGAUUUGCAGCUGAUAUGUGACUGGAUAAGAUCGUUUGUAUUUUUCGUUACUGCUUUUCCUAAUAUUUUGUAACCCAUUUUUACUUGAUCCAACUGGAGUCCUGUUAGUCCUGUUACUAUGCGUACCUCGCACUUUGUAAUACCUUAGUUCUUGGAACAUCACAAAAGAAAUUAAAUGCAUCAAGAAGUAA